AUGAGCCAGAAUCGUAAAGUUAUUGAAUACGAGGGAGUUAAAUAUUGUAAAGAGGAAGGUCUUUGGUAUCAAAUGCUGCAAAUUAGAGAAGACAAAUUGCCUGAUGCUAUUAAAACUGAAAGACAAUUAAAAUUUAAUUUGUUGCCGGAAAUUCAAUUGGAUGUAUUCAAAUGUCUUGAUUUCGCUCAAUUAUUGUCUGUCCAGCAAACAAAUGUUUAUUUCAAAAAUUUUAUUUAUGAACAUGGAAAGGUGUUGGCUAUGAAGAAAUUCUACAAGCUUGAAAUUGUUGAGCAUAAGCCGCAGCCUAAACUUUAUGACUUUGAUUUGGGAGACUAUAGAUUUACUAGUAACUUUGGAAUGUGUGAACAGAAAUAUAAAUUCUUUAAACCAGAGCCUCGACUCUAUGAAUUUGAAUUGGGUGAAGAACUGGAAAAGAAGUGGAAAGAUGGAAUAAAAAACUCAAUUCCAAUGUUUUUAACAAUGGGUGGCGGUACAAACAUUAAAACUGCUGUUUGUGAAUUUGACCAUGAGGGCAAAUUGGAAAAAGGUUUGACUUAAAAUAUGUGCAAUUUGUUUUGUCUGCCGAAUUGGCUGUUUUAUGGAUUUUAAGUUGAAAUUAAAUAGUGGGUUUAUCUUGGGUGCAUUUU